AACCAACGACUGUAACACCAACAGAUCCAACGACAGGAUCAACAACAGAUCCAAUAACAGUACCAACAACACAACCUUCAACAACUUCAGAACCAACGACUGUAACACCAACAGAUCUAACGACAGUACCAGCAACAGAUCCAACGACAGUACCUUCAACAACUUUAAAUACAACCACUGCAACACCAACAGAUCUAACAACACAACCUUCAACAACUUCACAACCAACGACUGUAACACCAACAGAUCCAACGACUGUACAACCAACAGAUUUAACAACAGGAUCAACAACACAACCUUCAACCACUUUAGCCUCAACGACGGCAUCACCAACUGAUCUAACGACAGUACCAAUAUUACAAUCAACGGCAAUUGUAGCGCUAACGGCUGUACCGGCAACUGAUCCAACAACACAACCUACGACAACUUUAGCGCCAGCGACGGUAGUACCAACAAAUCUAACGACUGUACCAGAAGCUCCAUCUACAACAACUUCAACAAUAACGACUGUGACACCAACAGAUCCAACGAUAGUACCAACAACACAAUCUACAGAAACUUUAGUGCCAAUAAAUAUGUCUGUACACGAUUUGAGAACAACACUACCUGCGACGCUUCCAACGACAAUGCCACCAAGUAUUGUUACAACAUUACCACCAACGUUACCGGAUACCCCCGCGCCAAAUCCUGCUGCGACUCCUUCAUGUACAUGCCCACCACCACCUG